AUGUCAGCUGUUCGGGAUCUGGGCUUCAGGGUUUGGGCGUCCCGAGGAUUCGCCGUAAAGCAGCGGGGGUUUGACUUCGAGAGCAGGUUCGUCUCUGGUGCGAGGGUGCCUGAGAAGCCGCUCGGGCUAUACGAUCCAUCGUUUGACAAGGAUUCGUGCGGGGUUGGGUUCGUGGUGGAGCUUCCCGAUGAAAGCAGUCGUAAAACGGUGACGGACGCUAUUGAAAUGUUGGUUCGAAUUACGCACAGAAGUACAUGUGGCUGCGAGACGAAUACUGGAGAUGGAGCUAGAAUUUUUGCUACCAAAGAUGCUGGUUUUGAGCUUCCUGCACCUGGGGAAUAUGCAGUCGGCACGUUUUUCCUGCCUACUUCUGACACCGAGAGCAAAGUUGUGUUUACAAAGGUGAUUUAUUUCUUUGGCUCGCUGAGUCACUCGGCCAGCGAAGUUGGAGUUGUCGAUAUUCCUCCAGAGGACGUGUCGAAGAAAGGAAGACUUAAACCUGCCAUGAUGCUUCUUGUGGACUUUGAAAACCAUGUUGUGGAUGAUGAUGAUGCCCUCAAGAAACAGUACUCACUUGCUCGACCUUGCGAGAGUGGCUGA